CUCCCUCUCUCUCUCUCUCUCGUCAGUUAAAAAGACGUGGAUCUUUGGGGUUGUUUUAUUCUAACAAACGCUGACGGUGGAAUGAUCCGGUGCCAAUCUGUGAAUGCAGGUCCUCCUCGUCAGAAAUAAGGACAUUUGAGCGAGAGAGAUCGCGCAUCUGAGUGAAGACUACAGGAGGAGAAGCGCAUUAAUAGCGUCGACUCACCCGCCGGACAUCGACGAGGAUGCUCGUGGCAGCAAGUUGCAGCAGCUGAAAGAGAAGACCUGGGAGAGCCAGCCCGGCUUGAACCGAGCAGGACUCCUGUUCCCUGAAUGCGUCCAGCCUGACGGGACAGAACACCGAGCAACAAAGCGGCACAGACGACUCGGAAAAUAACAGACGACAGAUCGAAAAUGUGAAGCUCCUCAGUUAGUCACAGAGCUGGAGCAGUGAACAGUGACCCGGGAAAGAUGGCGAGGACGCAGACUCGCGUGUUCCUCCUCGCCGUGGCUUUGCUGGGAAUUUUCUUCCUCGGCGUGUCGGUGAAAGGACAGCAACAGGAGGAGGAGGAGGAGGAGGAGAGGUCCUGUCAGGGCGCCUUCGACCUCUAUUUUGUCUUGGACAAAUCUGGAAGUGUGAAGAAUCACUGGACAGAGAUUUACUCCUUUGUGCACCAGCUGGCAGAGAAGUUUAUCAGCCCCAUGCUGCGAAUGUCCUUCAUCGUCUUCUCCACUCGAGGAAACAUCAUCAUGAAACUGACAGAGAACAGGGAGGCCAUCGACGAAGGCUUAAGGGCGCUGAAAAAGGUUAUCCCUGGAGGAGACACGUUUAUGAACUUGGGCCUGGAGAUGGCGAAUACCCAGAUUUAUCAAGAGAAGUAUGGAACAGCCAGCGUCAUCAUCGCUCUGACCGACGGCGAGCUGAACGAGUGGCAGUUUGACACAGCUCAGCGAGAGGCGCAGAGGGCCAGGUCAAUGGGAGCCAUUGUUUACUGUGUAGGAGUCAAGGAAUUCAACCAGACCCAGCUCGCCACUAUUGCAGACACUAUGGAACACGUGUUUCCUGUGUGGGGAGGCUUCCAAGCCCUCAGGGGAAUCAUUGACUCGAUCAUCAAGAAGUCCUGCAUAGAGAUCCUGGCGGCGGAGCCGUCCAGCGUGUGUGCAGGAGAGAGUUUCCAGGUGGUGGUGAGAGGCAAUGGGUUUCUCCAUGCCAGAAACAUUGACCAGGUUCUCUGCAGCUUCAAACUGAAUGAUACACACUCUGUGGACGAGAGACCAGCUGGAAUAGAAGACACCUUCCUGCUCUGUCCCGCUCCUGUCGUGGAGGAGGUUGGGAGGGUGAUCUACCUGCAGGUGAGCAUGAACGAGGGGAUCUCCUACAUCACCAGCUCUGUUCACAUCACUACUACUGAAUGUUUCGACGGCACCAUCGUGCUCAUAUCGUUGCUGGUGGUGUUCCUGCUGCUGGGUCUGCUGCUCAUGUGGUGGUUCUGGCCGCUGUGCUGCACUGUGGUGAUCAAAGAACCACCACCACCUCCUCCUCCAGAACCAGAAUCAGACGAUGAGGACGGGAUGCCCAAGAAGAGGUGGCCCACAGUGGAUGCGUCCUACUAUGGAGGAAGGGGAGUGGGUGGCAUCAAACGCAUGGAGGUGAGAUGGGGGGAGAAGGGGUCCACCGAGGAAGGUGCGAAGCUGGACAAACCCAAAAAUGCUGUUGUAAAGAUGCCAGAGCAGGAAUUUGAACCGUGGGAGCCCAAGCCUCGGAAACCACCCCGCCGUGCCCCACAGCAGAGGAGGUGGUACACACCCAUCAAGGGGAAGCUAGACGCUCUGUGGGCUCUGUUCAGGAGAGGAUACGACCAGGUAUCCCUGAUGAGACCAGUUCCUGGAGAUGAGGGUCGCUGUAUUAAUUUCCAGCGGGUCAAGCAUGGCGAGUCCAACCAGAACAACCGUGCUCCCCCUCGCACACACCACUCCCCCUCGCCUCCUCCUCCCCCCUCUCCUCCUCCUAAGCCAGCCGAAGAGCGACCUCUGGUCUCCAACUCUGUGCCCCGUACGAAGCCUCCGUCGAGGGGCCCCCGCACCACGCCGCCCUCCCGCGCACCCCCUUCCGUGCUCAAUCACCCUCCGGGUCCACCCCCAGCCCGCGCACCCCCUGGGCCCCGAGCACCCCCUCCGUCUCGACCCCCACCCAGGCUCUGAUGAUGAAACGAGGGCCUCCGAUAAACAACUGAUACAUCCAAUCACCCCAUAUAUGAAAAAAGAAAAAGAAAAAAAAAAAGAACACCCACUCCUUUCAACCCAAGACUGAGACAGCAGAGGUGUCAAAUGUUAAAAGGCCGGAGCUCUGGCUGGAGCUCAGUGCUUUGUUGCUGGACAGCAAAAAAUAUUUAUCUGAUGUCAGAAUCAGCUACUGAGUUUCAUCACAGAUAACACUUUUAUAGAAUCAUUAUAGAAAAGAUGAGCAUGUAGUUACUUGAUUAAGCCUGUAAUGUAUAAUAUUAGACGUCAUGUUGACUCGAGCGGUAAGAGUAAGUGCAAUCCUUUAUGGAAGUUCAACAAGAAAGGAUUUAUAUGUUGUUGUAAGUUAAGAUUGUGACAAUCUGAGCAUGAGUGGCAGUAGAUAUUCCGGUCGGUAGAGAGUAUUAGAGAGUAGAGACUAACAAAGCUGAGUGAGGAUGUGAAAAAUGUAGGAAACAGCAUGUAGUGAAAGAUAACAGUGUCGGUUAUGUCGGUUGUGGUUUUUAAACAUACACUGUCUUUGGUUGCUACAAGUCAGACUGAUCAUUUUACCAAAGAAUCUUUUUCAACAUCCAACUCAAAAUUCAUUCAGUACAGUUCAGUGAUCCCACAGCAACUGCAGGGCAGUUUCUCCAUAUUUUAUUUAUUGUAACACAAGCCCUGUCUGCAUCUGUUUCCUGUUUAGUACCAGGUGGGUUUCUGGGUUUUCAAAUCUUUGAGGAAGGGGAAAGACGGAGGUGGAAGUAAGGACUUCUAAGUGAAAGAUUGCAUUGAAAAUGUAUCUUCAAGGUUCUCCUGUAUACUGCAUUUACUGACUGAAAUGAUCGUUUGCAUUAUUUCUUUAUUAACAACCUUUUGUGUCUAUCUGCAAUAAACACUUUUUUUUUA